AUGUACCCCAAUCCUCUCAUCUACUGCACCUGCUUGGACCCCUGGAACUUGGGGCCACGGAAGCUAAUCAAGACCCCUCAACCACUUCCAAAGACCUCCACAGGGAAGCCUAAGCAAACUCUUCCUUCACCAGUUUCAAGAGAACGCAACUACCUCCUGUCCCAAUCAACAAAGCCUGCUGUAUCCCCAAAAGACAAAGCCCCGACAGUAAAACCAGAGGAGAGCAGCAAACCUCCUGCUGAAGUGAUUGAUGUGUCACCUGGCUAUAAACUCAUUCGAAAUCGAGAACAGAUUUCUGUCACCUUGGGAGAUGAGAUGUUCAAUAGGAAAAAGCAAGGGGAAUCAGACAUCUUGAGCAAAAUCAAGUUUUCCAGGACUGACAUCAUUUCUGACCUUGAGGAGCAGAUCUCCGAGCUGACAGCAAUAAUAGAACAAAUGAACAGAGACCACCAGUCUGCCCAGAAAUUGCUCUCCGACGAGAUGGAACUCCGCUGCACUGAGAUGAAACAGAAGUUUGAAAAUGAGACCAGGGAUCUCAAAAAGGCUCACAAAGUGGAGCUUGAGAAGUUAGAGAGCAGCUAUAAAGAAGCGCUGAAGUCGGAGAAAGCUUCUGCCCAGGAGAAACUAGAUGGAAUGAGCAAAGAAUAUAAGUAUCUGAAGAAUAUGUUUCACAUGUAUCAGGAUAGCGUUUAUGAUGAAAUGGAAGAUACAUGGUCCAGGCGGAAGGCAGAAUGGGAGAAGGAUGAGAAGAUGGAGCGAGAAAAGAUUCUGUUGCAACAAAAACAUAAGAUAACAAAAAAGUUUGAGUUAGAGUCGGAAGAAGAAAAAAGGAGAAUAACUGAAUCUUUCAGUGCUGUCUUUGAGAACUUCAAUCGAGAGAAGGAGGAGCUCAUCAAACAACAUAAUGAAGAUAUCUUGAAAAUGGAGGAGCUGAAGAGAUCCAAGGAGAUCUUGGAGGCUGAGUUGCGGGCACAGGCUGUCAUUCUGGAGACACUUAACACGAACCUUUACCACUGCCAGCUGGAGCUCCAAAGAGAGAAAACUGCAGUGGGAAAUCUGGAGAAGCUGUUCCAGACGAAACUCAAUGAGACUGAAGAAAAGUAUAGGCACACCAUACAGACCCUGACAGAAGAAAACAACUUCCUCAGGCAAAAGAUCAUGACCAUGGAUGAGGAAAAUUCUGAAGAAGUAUCUGAGCAGUCAUCCUCCACUCCUUCUGUUCAUGAGCCCAACUGUGACGAAGACAGCAGCAACAAGAAGCAAGCACCAUAGAUAACAAACUGUGCUCUGUGGCUGGAGCAGCAGCAACACUGCCAGCAGAACCGCAGACUCCAGCAAGGUUUUCUGGAGAGAUGCAGAUGGGUUAUUCUGUCUUUAUUUUUUGUCUUUUGUGCAAUUUGCUUUCUCCAGAAUGAUUAGGGAUGUCUGAAUUCUUAUCUCAAUUACAUGGUGACUCUCAUGCACUAUUUUUUCUGCUUGUUAUAUAUUUUGAUCAAAUACUGGU